UGAAAUACUGAAAUGCAUAAUUAAUACUCUCAAAUCAUGAUGCCUCUCAUUGCUGUAAAAUGCAUAACUUAAGUGCGUAAAAAAUGUACUCGCAUCCAACAUGGAAAGGUUCCUCCUUUUUACAAUCAUACACCACCACAUUUAACUUCCUUUUUUUGUACAGGUUUAGAAAAUGUGCAAAAAGAAACCGAAAAUCAGAUAUGGUUUUUUUAGACAAUGUUUUUUUUUUGCUUUCAUGCUGAUAAUACUAGACAAUUCUGUGUCCAUUUCCAACCUACUCCCGAUUAUCUCUUUUCGAUUCUAUCUAGGUGAGAGACGAUGAGCUUCCAGUGUGAAAAAAAAGGAUUCGUCAACUUCCCUAUCGUCUCAUGUUCACCGGCCGAGACGAAUUGGAACGAUCGAUCCAUCAUUUUAAUUCCAAACGUGGAACGAGGCAGAUUAGUGUCUUUUGAGAGAUUUAGCUUUGCCACGAUUUUGUCAGUGCUUUGGUAUAGCUUCGUGCAAAACGUUUUAUUAGCAGACACUAAGUACUAAGUUUGUCGAUAGUUGUGAAGAACAGAAACAGGAUCAUAGUGAAGCUAACUAACUCAAAGCUAACAAAAUGAAGUUCACACCACCUCCCGCAUCGCUGCGAAAUCCUUUAAUCAUUCCGGAAAAGAUAAUGAUGGGCCCGGGACCAUCCAACUGCUCCAAGCGAGUACUGUCAGCUAUGACUAAUACUGUGCUGAGUAACUUUCAUGCCGAAUUAUUCCGCACGAUGGACGAGGUCAAGGAUGGUUUGCGAUACAUUUUUCAGACAGAAAGCCGAGCAACGAUGUGCGUUAGUGGUUCAGCUCAUGCCGGAAUGGAAGCCAUGCUGAGCAAUCUGCUCGAGGAAGGCGAUCGAGUACUGAUCGCUGUGAACGGAAUCUGGGCAGAACGGGCUGUCGAAAUGUCUACGCGCUAUGGUGCGGAUGUUAGAACAAUUGAAGGUCCAGCAGAUCGUCCGUUCAGUUUGGAAACACUAACUACGGCCAUUGAACAUCACCAACCCAAAUGUUUGUUUUUGACGCACGGCGAUUCUUCAAGCGGGCUACUGCAACCGCUGGAAGGUGUAGGUCAGAUUUGCCACCAGCACGACUGUUUGCUUAUAGUUGAUGCCGUUGCAUCGCUGUGCGGUGUACCGUUUUACAUGGACAAAUGGGAAGUCGAUGCUGUGUACACCGGUGCUCAAAAGGUUCUUGGAGCACCUCCCGGAAUCACUCCCAUUUCCAUUAGCCCCAAAGCAUUGGAUGUUAUCAAAAAUCGUCGCACAAAGUCGAAAGUGUUCUACUGGGAUCUGUUGCUCUUAGGCAAUUACUGGGGUUGUUAUGAUGAGCCCAAACGCUAUCAUCAUACUGUGGCCUCUAAUCUAAUAUUUGCUCUACGCGAAGCUUUAGCCCAAAUCGUAGAAGAAGGAUUGGAGACACAGAUAAAACGUCGCCUGGAAUGUGCACAAAUUUUGUACGAUGGUCUCGGAAAGAUGGGCCUCGAGAUCUUUGUCAAAGAUCCCAAACAUCGUUUGCCUACAGUGACCGGUAUUAUGAUACCGAAAGGCGUUGACUGGUGGAAAGUAUCGCAAUACGCUAUGAAUAAUUUCUCCAUGGAAGUGCAAGGGGGACUUGGUCCCACAUUUGGAAAAGCAUGGCGUGUGGGCAUUAUGGGUGAAUGCUCAACAGUACAGAAAAUAUACUUCUACCUGUACGUUCUAAAGGAAUCCCUCAAGGCAACACAUCCCGACUAUAUAUUUGAGGAAAGCAAUGGAUUUCAUUAGACUAACAUUAUUGCAUUAAAUUAUACUAUACGUCUAUGUAUUACUAUUGCUAUUGAGUACUAUUGCCCUUAGCAUAUAAGCGCUAUGCAUAGUCUCAAUUUUGGAUUUCUAAAUUGAAUCGAAUUUAGUUUUGUUUAAAAAUGAAUCAACUAACCUGUGAAAGAUUCCAUCAUCUCUAACACAUGAUUUAUUCGCAUAUUCAUCUCGCUAAUAAAUAAAAUUACUUAUUCGAGAAUAAAUUAUUGCUUUACACAAAUUGUGUGUAUUCUUUCAAAGCAGUAAUGGUUUCUCGCACUGAACUUGUUUUAUGAAUCUGUGUAUCAUCAAAUUACGUGGCUUAUACAAAUACAAAUAUUCUUGAUACGGCCAGACCUUUCUUAAGAAGUAAAAUAAAAAAUAAAUAAAAAAAACAAAUACAAAUAUCCAACUCUCUUAUCCGAACUUGUUGCAUAAACUCAAACAAACAAAAUAUAAACAUCAUGGUUGAAUAAUUUACCAUUUAUUUUAGGAGUAGUAUUUAUUUAAUGAUUGGUAACGGUGACUAGUGGCGGAACUAACGGUAGCCGGAGCAGCCAGCCGCCUAUGGUUCCGUCGGUCAGGCGGGCUCCGAAUGAAUAUUGUAUUUUGUUAUAUAUUUAGUAUUUAUUUAGAUUUCAAGUCUGCUGUUAACCAGCU